AUGCUUCGACAAGCUCUCGCCUCUUCUUCCAGAGCUCUGCGCUCAACACCCAUCGCUGCCAGCCGCGCAAUUCUGCGGCCUCAAAUCCAGACUGCUGCUCCCGCCAUCUCAAUAAGAGCGUUCCAGCCUGUUGCCAGCCGAUGGUACAGCGAGACCAAGGAGACUUCAGAGACCAAGGAGGCUCCGGCUGCUGAGGAAAAGGCCGACGCCAAGGAGGGAGAGAAGAAGAAUGGCGAGACUGACGAGGUUGCUCAGCUGAAGAAGGACCUCGAGGCCAAGGACAAAGAGGCUCGCGACUGGAAGGAUAAAUGCCUCCGCACCGUCGCCGACUUCCGCAACCUCCAAGAUCGCACCGCACGUGAGGUCAAAUCCGCCCGUGACUUUGCCAUCCAAAAGUUCGCCAAGGACCUCGUCGACAGCGUCGACAACCUUGACCGCGCCCUCUCCACCGUCCCUGCAGACAAGCUCAAGGCUGAGGAGAAGAGCGAGGACCUCCAGGAGCUCGCUAACCUCUACGAGGGUCUCAAGAUGACCGAGGGCAUCCUCAUCCAGACGCUUGCCAAGCACGGCCUGGAGCGCCUGGAGCCGGAUGGCGACAAGUUCAAUCCUAACGAGCACGAGGCUACUUUCAUGGCCCCUCAGCCUGGAAAGGAGGACAACACCGUCUUCUUUGUCCAGCAGAAGGGCUUCAAGCUCAACGGCCGUGUUCUGCGUGCCGCCAAGGUCGGCGUCGUCAAGAACGCUUAA